UAGAAACUUUUUUUUUAAGAUGAUAAAUAUCAACGCCAAAAUUUUCAAAUAACACAACUUUUAUUGUACCACAGGGAACCCCAAAACAGCAAGGAACCUGCAACUAGGUACCAGGGCUUCUACGUCAAGAUGGCGGGCGAAGAGAAUGAGGAAGUCCUAGAAAGAGCAGCACAUGUUUUCAGGGAAUUGGCAGCCAUUCCUUACCUUACAAAAGCAAACAUACUGUCAAACACCCAGAAUGAAAAACCUGCGCCCUUCAUCGUUACAUCACAGUGGACCCAAAGGGAUCUGGACAGAAAUGAAAACAGAGUUUUCCAAAGAUCCCAUUGUGUCACCUUAAGUGAAGGGAAGGAACCAAGCAUAUUAGAAACUGGUUUUCCCGCUGAGCUCCAUAAAGUGCAGAAGAUGAGCACAUCACCAUCACGGAAAUACCAGCUCAUUCUAAGAGGAGUGUCUGAAUCAAAGCAAUAUGAAGACAAGCAAUUUCUUGAGAUUUGGUCCCAAAAUAACAUUAUUAGAUCAAUUGAUGUCAAAGAAGCAGACAAGCACGGUUUGAUUUACACUGACUCACUGUUUAGCUGCUUCAACUGGUCCGCAUCAGAGAAGUAUGUGCUAUAUGUGGCAGAGAAAAAGAAGCCAAAGAGACUAUCCUACUUUGAAAAGGAUAAAGAAGCAGGUGCAGAUACCCCUCCUGCAAGCAAGGGUGAUCACUAUUUAUAUGAGGAGGACUGGGGCGAGCAGCUUGUGAAGAAGAAUUGCCCUGUACUUGCAAUGCUUGCAGUGCAUUCUGGGGAGAUCACCAUCAUCCCAGGCAUACCUGACUAUCUGUCUGUCGGCCAGGCAUGUUGGACGCUGGAUGACAAGGGUGUAGUAUUUAGCGGAUGGUGGCAUAAGCCCUAUCGUCUAGGCCUUGUCUACUGUUCAAACAGAAGGGGAGGAGUGUUUCAUGUCAAAGUAGAUGGAAGUGGAUUAGAACAGUUAAGUUCCCCUGAAGAGACAGUUGCCUAUCCUAACAUCAACCCAAUAACGGGUAAACUUUAUUACCUUGCCCGUGACUGCAUCGGAGUUCAUCAGACUUGCUGGAAGCUAGUGGAGUAUAACUGGAAGACCAAAGCAAACACUACAAUAAUUGACUAUGUUGAUGUUCCUGGAGAUGAUGGAUUUCCAGGAUUUUACAUGUUCAAUUCAUUGUCUUCACGCUGCUGGAGCAAGGAUGGCACUAAGCUAAUACUCGCCUCUAUCUGGAGAAGUUCCCAGCACAUUUUAUGUGUUGAUGUCAAUAAAUGCACUCUUGUGAGGAUAACUAAAGCACCUGGAUGCUGGGAUGUGUUGGACGUUUACCAAGAUCUCCUCCUUGCUUCCUUUUCAAGCCCAUCACAGCCCCAUCAGAUAUAUCUGAUGCACAUUCCAACUGAACUGAGCAGAAUGGGAGAUCUGGGCUGCACAGAAAUAGCCUCCUCUACAAAUGAUAGCUCUGAUUUGUUCAAUGACAUUGAAUGGAAAAUAGAGACAUUUCCUUCCUUGGAGACUGGAGAAGGGUUCAAUGCAGAUUAUGAAGGUGUUCUUGUGCAGCCAAUUGGAAAGGAAACUAAACCCUUACUUAUUGUUUUACCCCAUGGUGGCCCACAAUCAGUGUACAACUCAAGCUACAUAAUCAGCAGUGUGGCCAUGUGUAAACUUGGCUUUGCCGUACUCUGGGUGAAUUACAAAGGUAGUGUUGGCUUUGGAAGGAAAAGCCUCCAGUCUAUCAUUGGGAAGGUGGGGACACAGGACGUCAGAGAAGUAAUGGCUGCUGCUGAGAAUGUCCUAAGCAGAGGAGCUCAUGAUCCACACAAUUUGUUUGUCAUGGGGGGUUCCCAUGGCGGAUUUUUGAGUGCGCAUCUCAUUGGACAGUACCCGGAUAAGUUUCGUGCAUGCGCUGCAAGGAAUCCUGUCAUUGAUAUUUCCUCAAUGGUGACAGUUACAGACAUUCCUGAUUGGUGUUUUGUGGAGUGUGGGUUUGAUUUUGACUACAAUCUGGCGACUGACUCCAAGACUAUGGCAGACAUGUGGGAAAAGAGUCCCAUCGCUCACGUCCACAAGGUGCGCACACCCGUGUUGCUCUGUAUUGGGGCCGUCGAUCGUCGCGUCCCUCCCUCCCAAGGGAUACAUUUUCACCGUGUUCUGAGGGAGAGAGGGGUGGAGACCAAGCUGCUGCUUUACCCGGAAGACGCGCACCCCCUCGAUAAAGUAGGCACGGAAAGCGACGUGUUUGUCAAUACUGUACGCUGGUUCCACGAACAUCGUGUGUGAACCCUGACUAUCAUGAACGCCCCUCGAUAAAAUGGACACUGAAAGCAACAUGUUUGUCAAAAAAGUACGCUGGUUCCACGAACAUCGUGUGUGAACCCUGACAAUCAUGACCGCCCUCGAUAAAGUGGCCAGAGAAAGUGGUCCUGUACGUUGGUUCCACGAACAUCUAUUUUGAACCCUGUCUAUCCUGACCAGACUCGCACCCUAACUCGCCCAUCUUGCUCCAUGAUUACUGCGCAAAGAAGGGCGGUGCCUUGCGUGCCGUUAGGGACUGGGUAGGAGCCUCGGUUUCGUCCAUAAGCGGCAUCCAAAUUCCAUACUUCCUGUAAUGUAACGCCAUGAUUCAUUGAACAACUGUAGAAAAUAUGAAUAAAAUCAGAAAAUUACUUAAUAAAA